AUGGAGGCCGCCAUGUUCAAGACUCUCGUCGAGGUUGAGUCCCGCGACCGAGACAACGACCCUCCCCUCCUCCCCACCGCGCCCGCCAAAGCUGUUCCUCGAACAUACCCGGGAUCUCCUCAUCGCGAGGACGGCUCGAUUGAGCUCCAGCGUAUCGACACCAAGAAUGCAAACGCAGGCAAAAAGAGCCCGAGGGGCAGCACGGCACCCUCCCGAGCCCAAUCACCAUGCCGCACACCGACGACCUCGGGCAGCGACCUUGAAAUGUCACGCCCGUCGACUCCCGUCGCCAUCGAGUCCCUCCCAAGCAUCACAGAUCCCUACAUGAACCGCUUCCGUCUAGCAGCCGCCUGCCUCAUCAAUCUCGGCAACGGUCUCAACGACAGCGCUCCGGGUGCUCUGAUUCCGUACAUGGAGAAGCAUUACAAUAUCGGCUACGCCAUCGUGUCCCUCAUCUUCAUAGGCAACGCCUUCGGCUUCAUCUUCGGCGCCGUCUUUCUCGAGUCCCUCCGCGCAAAGCUCGGCCGCGCCCGCCUCCUCGCCGUCGCCCAGUCCCUAAUCACCCUCGCCUACGUGCCCAUCCUUGUCCUCGCCCCGUUCCCAGUGGUGAUUGUCUCCUUCUUCAUGAUCGGCUUCGGCAUGUCCCUCAACCUCGCCAUCAACAACGUCUUCUGCGGCUCCCUCCGCAACGCCACCACCGCCCUGGGCUUCCUCCACGGCGCCUACGGCCUGGGCGGCACCAUCGGGCCGCUGAUGGCCACCGCGCUCGUCACGCGCGCCCACGCGAGCUGGAGCACGUACUACUUCAUCACUCUGGGCCUCGCCGCCUUCAACGGCGUCUUUGCAACCUGGUCCUUCUGGCACUACGAAAAGGACCUGCCGCUCUCCCAGCAACAGACCAGAUCAGACGCAGACACCACCUCGGCGACCCAGCUGCUCGCCAUGUUCUCCGCCCUCAAGAUGCGCAUCGUGCUCCUCGGCGCCCUCUUCAUCUUCGCCUAUCAGGGCGCCGAGGUGUCCAUCUCGGGCUGGGUCAUCUCCUUCCUCAUCGCCGUGCGCAACGGCGACCCGGACGCCGUUGGCUACGUCACGGCCGGCUUCUGGGCCGGCAUCACCCUCGGCCGCUUCCUGCUGUCCCACCCCGCCCACCGCGUCGGCGAGAAGCUCUUCGUCGUUCUCGCUAUCGUCGGCGCGGCGGUUUUUCAGGUGUUGGUCUGGUGGGUCCCCAACGUCGUCGGCCCCGCGGUCUCGGUGGCCAUCGUCGGACUGCUGCUGGGGCCCAUCUACCCCUGCGCGGCUGCGGUCUUCAUGAGAGGCAUGACGAGGCAGGAGCGUGUCAGCGGGAUGGGUGUGAUUAGUGCUUUUGGCAGCUCUGGCGGUGCAGUGGCGCCGUUCACGACGGGUAUUCUGGCUCAGGCUGCCGGGACGUGGGUGUUGCACCCUAUCGCCAUCGGUCUGUUUGCCGUGAUGAUGGCGUCUUGGUACGGGAUUCCGCACGCCCGCAAGCGGAGUGAGUAG